CUAUUCCAGAAGAAGCUACAAAAGAUCUUUGUCAUCUAUUGUGUCUACUUGAACAAAAGAGUUAAGCUCUUGACUUGGAGUAGCAUUGAAGACCUCAUGCAGCUUAAAAACUCUGGUCAAAGACAAUACAAUGUUUAAAAUGUUCGUGUUUAUGUCAGAGUAGUGUCUGAUUUAUUCCAGGAAAAGUAGACAAAAGAUCUAUUAUGUCUACUUGAACAAGAGAGUUAAGCUCUUGAAUUGAAGUUAUACUGAUUGAAUUGAAGACCGCAUGCAAUUUUUAUCCUGGUCGGCGGAGACCACUUGAACGAGGCUCUUUUUCGGGCAGAUGCAAGAGAUUGAAAAAUCUUGCUUUAUGCGCGCACACAAUCGUUGCAAAAUAUUGCAAAUACACAGAUAUACACAGAGGAACCCGCAGAAUGAAGCAUCGCGAGAUGCAAGAUUUCUUUCACUUCUUCAGCCAAUAUAACACAGUGCAUAGGCAAAAAACGAGGCACAGUUCUUAUUUGCCCAACCUCGUCCCUAGGAAACAACAAAAGGUUAUUUCCGUUUUAUAAGAGGGUCGCUAACGAGCAGAAAUGAAAACCCCGUGUGUUAUUAUAUGGAAUAGUAAACUUUUGUAGCUCUUAGUUCAUCACCAACCUCCGUAGCGAAUUUGAAAAGCUCACGCGUUGGUCCAGCGCGUUGCAGCCAAUGUCACAUGGCAGAUAGGGCCGCAAUGCGUACACGUGCCACGAUGCAGUCGUCUGCAGAUACCAAAGAUUUUCCCGCCAACUUGCCUUACAUCCGUAUUUAUUGAAACGGAAAAGAUGGACUACACGCCUUCGAGCCAUGUUUGCCACUAUUGACGCCAUUCUUAAAUCGUGUGAUAGAUGGGAACUGAGUACUUUAACAGAAGACAACUGUUCAAUUUGCGAUAUAAAUUGAUCGUUAUUUGUUUGCGAGGCCAUUUUCGAAACGAUGAGACAACUCUCGUUUGUUUUAUAUGAACAAACAUCAACUCAGCUACGCCUUGUUAUCUCUCCCCUCGUGAUAAUGCGUUAUUAUGUACUCACGAACUAGAAGAUGGGGGUGACAGUCUUAGUCUUGAAUGACAUUUUUUUUUCAUCGACUGUUCAAUUUUCUUUUUCUUUCCAGGAACUUGGAGCCAACAAAGCACAAAGAAGUAUCUCGUCAACAUCAAAGUGACUUACGCCUGGCAGGUUUAUUUAUUCUUGUCCUUCAGCGACAUUUGUUCCAAGUUCAGGUGUAUAAUGAUAGAUGAUAAAUAUGAAGCGUUUUUGGCUGUCGCUGUGUUUCUGGUCGGUGCAUUUUUAAUUGUGUUUUACAGCGUACCUCUUGGUUCAGGCAUUUUGAUCAUAGCAGUAUCAUUGCUGUGGUAUAACCGCCAUCGUGUUCGUCGUAUGACCGAUGUGGAACUCUACAAACUUCACGAAGUACCCCAUUACACAGACGAGGUAUCAGCCCUUGUGACGUCAGAAUGGCCCGUUCCCUUAACUGCCGAGGGUAUCGAAGAAGCCAACUUUGUGCGUGUGUCAAGCUUGAAGGAAUCGCGUGAUACGCUUCCUUGCCAUUUGCUGGCUUUGGCUUCCAGUAAUGAAGUGAAGCAAGUUGCUGCUCACUGCGUGUUACGCGAGACUUCCUCCUCUCGGCCACCUGAUUUGAAUAAAUUUCUAAGGAUGCUUAAAAUGGGACUUCCUCUGGCUGCGGUUCAACAGUCCAUGGAAGUAGCUGGUUUAGAUCCAUCAUUGUUGAGCGCGGAACACUCCAACGAGCUGCAGCCAUCUCAGCCGCCUUCCUUAAACCCAAUCCAUAACGUUACGUUAUCUGCCCUUGUUGUGAAGCCUGAGCUCCGCGGUCAUGGCCUGGGGAAGAGUAUGUGUGCGUAUGCGGUCCAAGUGGCUUCCAGUCUCGGGGUGAAGGAAGUUAUCGGAGGCUGUCGAAAUGAACUUGUUGCCUUUUACGAAAAGCUCGGUGUGAAAAAGAGGAGCGCUGAAAAGAGAGAACGGAUACCUAAGGUUCGACUGGGAAAUGAAAUGUUUCUUGCACUAGAUGAUAACGUUAGGGAACAAGCUGCUCAAAUACUUACUAGUUACAUUCGAAUUGUAGAUAAAAAGAAAUAAUUGAAGUGAUAGAUUGUUUAAGGUAGACAAUAUGAAAUAAUUUCAUUUAUUUCGUAGUGCUCGUUUUUAUACUAAAGACGCAUUAUCCUUCUGGACGAAAUUGGGCUAACAUUUGUGGUUUUUAUUUUUAUUUUUUUAUUUUUUUAUUUUUUUUUUCAUUUCGAAGGAUAGUUCGUGUAGACGUAUAAUGCGUCUUGUGCCCGUCUUUGUUUGCCCAAGUUCGUCCAGACGGAUAAUGCGUCUUAAGUAUAAAAACGGCGAGGACGCAUUAUCCUUCUGGACGGAUAAUGCGUCCUCUAGUAUAAAAACAGCCAAUGAAACGGAAGUGUCGGGUUGAGUGGUGGGAAUAUUAAACUUGUGUUUUCUGUAAUGUGGGGCAGUCUCUCGGUAUUUUUACAACGUGAUCAAAGUCUUCGUCAGCAUGUUAGUUUAUUUAGGUGAUUUUUUAUUUGUUAGGCUGUAUAGAGCUGUAAUAUGGAACUUUUGAUAUUGACUAUAUACUACACGAGUAAAUAGUGCUUUCUUUGCAUUCUGAUUGGCAAGAUCGGUAUUAUUUACCUCUGAUGGAAACGGAGAAAAACAAAAUUGCUUCCCGUUUCGCAUUUAUUGUUAGAAAUAACGCAAAUUUUCAAUCGGUUGAUUAUUCAACUUGCGCGGUAUAUACUAAAACAAUCAUUCACCUCAGUGUCCGUGAAAGUAGUGGAUAUUUACCUCCACUUCGGGGAAUAAUUGUUCUUUAUUUCUCUCUUUGCAUGUGUUGGUUUUCUCUUUGUUAUAAACAUACGUUGUCUCUCACUCUUUCGUUUUUAUGCUUAAUUAAGGUUCAAUAUCGUGCUAAAUAAUUGUAAUAUUUAGAUCGCACCAACUUGCGAGACUUUUUGGCACUUGAAACAUGAUGGAUUAAGUUUUAUCUGUAAA